AUGGUGCAGUGGCAGAGACACAUUUUCCCCUUCCUUCGCCACAUUCACAAGCGAGUAGUGGAUCACCACCACGCAAAUCCUUCAGCUCCAAGUAUUCUAAUUUCUCGCUUAGCCUCUUCUCUUUCACAAGGUCAGUUGGGAAGGGGAGCGUGGACAACUACAGCACCAACUUUGCCCUGUUUCUCAAGACCCAUUUUUCUCGGUUUCCAACAUCAGGGAAUUUCAAGUACUACUCCCUUGCUGGCAAAUUCAUCUGAGGAAACACCUGUUUUGUCACCUUUAGUCCCAGUUUCAUCCUUGGGUAGUUCAAAAGGUGAAGACCAGAAGCAGAAAGCUGUUACUAAGCCAGAAAAGGUUCAAGCAAUAUUAAAGGGGAUAAAGCAGAGUCCAAAGAAGGUCAACUUAGUUGCUGCUCUGGUUCGUGGUAUGCUUGUUAAAGAUGCAUUGAUGCAGUUGGAAUUGACAAUAAAACGAGCAGCAAAAACUGUUUAUCAGGUUAUUCAUUCGGCUCGAGCAAAUGCCUCUCACAACCACGGGUUAGAUCCAGAACGCCUCAUAGUCGCGGAAGCAUUUGUAGGAAAGGGUUAUUACAAAAAGAGAAUUGCCUACCAUGCCAAAGGAAGAUCAGGGCUCAUAAUGAGACCAGAAUGCAGGCUAACAGUUGUAGUGAGAGAGAUAACUCCUAAAGAAGAGGUUGAUAUUGCUAGGUUGAGAGUUCACAACUUUAAGAAACUAACUAAGCGUGAGAGACGACUUGUGCCUCAUCAGCUUAUUGAGACAACUCCUGUUUGGGGCCGCAAAAGCAAAUCUAGUGGUCAAAACUUGAGUGCUACACCUGCAUGA